CUUCCGGGGUUUGCCUGGCCGCCUUCCUUCCACUUUGUGGUUGGCUGGGAGCGGCCUGUGCGACAAUAACAGCAGCAUCAUGGCCGGCAUCAAAGCUUUGAUUAGCCUGUCCUUUGGGGGAGCUAUUGGACUAAUGUUCCUUAUGCUUGGUUGUGCACUUCCGCAGUACAACCAAUAUUGGCCCCUGUUCGUUCUGUUCUUCUACACUCUCUCUCCAAUUCCAUACUGCAUAUCCAGAAGAGUAGUUGAAGACACAGAUGCUACAAGUAACGCCUGCAAGGAACUUGCCAUAUUUCUUACGACGGGCAUUGUUGUCUCAGCAUUUGGGCUUCCGAUUGUAUUUGCCAGAGCACAGCUGAUUUAUUGGGGAGCCUGUGCGCUUGUCCUCACAGGGAACACAGUCAUAUUUGCUACCAUCCUAGGGUUCUUCUUGGUUUUCGGCAGCAAUGAUGACUUCAGCUGGCAACAGUGGUGAAAAGAUUUGGGAAGAGAACUAUCAGCAUCUUUUGUCAUACCGUGGCCAUCCAUACAACAGAAAGAACGGGCAAUAAAGCGAAUGUACUGUUUCCACAGAGGGACCCUAGGUGUAGGACACUCUGUAUUAACUUUUCCUCUCCAUUUACAUGCAACUUUAGCAUAUUGCUUGAUUUAAACAUUUUAAAUUGUGGAUGCUGUUUUCUUUUAAGGCUUUAUUUUGAUGUGGGAACCAGAAUGCUUAAAUGUGAUUUAAAUGUUUCUCUUUUUUUCUUUUUUCUUUUUUGGAAGAACGUCAUAACUGUGUUUAAAUACAAAAUUGAUCUUUUGACCAUGGGUUAUUUUUAAGCUAUAAUGUGGAACUGUAUAACCAGACUGGCAAUGAGCUGAGGACAAAAUGCAGUGAAAGGUAAGUGGUUUUUGAAGUCCCGUCCUAGGCAUGGGUAUUGGGAUAUAAGUCUCACUGAGUUCAGUGGGGCUUACUCCCAAGUAAGUGUGCAUAGAAUUGUGUACAAGUCCUGUUGAUCUCAGAGGGGGGGAGUUAAGCAUGUUUUCUACACUCAUAUCCCUUUUUGAAAUAAAUAGGACUUAAAACAGCUGAAUUGUGUCAUUAAUUAGCAAAUGUGUACAUGGUUGUUGGAUUUUGGUAGUGACGAAGAAAAAAGUACCCAGUGGCUGUUAGUGUGUUGCCUAUGCUGUGGAAAACAUGAUAAUGCCAUUGGUACGGGGAUGAGAUAGCUUUGGACAAUAAUGGGAUUCCGAAGUUUAAAUUAUUUUGAAAGCGUGUGCGCAUUGUACACAUUUUGAAAGUUUCCUUGUUGAUACUCUAAAGCGGGGGUGGGGGGGAGGAAACUGAUCUCUCAGUGGAGAGUGAAAGACAACUGACUUUUAAAAUCUGCUUCAUGAAAGCUCAUUUUGAAAUGCUUCUAUUUUAUAAGCAUGGUAUGAUUUGACAUUCUAUGCCAACUCUUUUAUGUUUUACCAAAGGGGAGGUUAAGGGAUCACCCGUGGAACUACUGAUUAUGGGCACAACCCAGCAGGACGUUCUGCACAAGCCAGACGGAAAUGGAAAGUAGUGCUCAUGUCCAGCUCUCUCUCAUUGUCCCCAUGGCUUGCACAGGAGAAUUGCACCGGGGAUUGCGCCCACUAUGUUUGCAAAGGAUAAAAUAACUUCUGCUUCCCUUUUUUUAAAAUUUAUGUUAUACAUUGUAUAGAAAGGCUUUUCAAAUGUAGAUUAAAACGAUCACUGUUGGUAAUAACUUACCUGACAGAUCAGUUACUUUAUUAAUAUACAGUCAAAGCUUGGCUACUUGGCAGUUCUUUGACUGAAGGUUUUAUAGUGAUUCUGUCAAUGUUUCAGUUUAAGUAUUAAUGUAUUAAAUGUUAGAUCAUAAUUGUAGUUCUGUUAAAGUAUAUCACAUGUAAUUUGCAAUAUUUAAUAUUUGUUGCAUACCUCUUACUUGUCGUUUCCAUUAACCAUAAAUUACCAUAUUUUCUAGACAUUCUUUUGCUGGUGACUCAUUAGUGAGGUACUUAAUCUCUGUCUGUGCUAACACUGUACAUUAUUGCAAACUAGCCAAGUCUGACUACUUGAUGCAGUCACCUAAACAUAUUCCCUUUUAAAAGACAAUUACCAGACUAUGAGCAUGAUCCAUCCCACUGUGGGCAAACUCAGUGGAGCCUUCUUCUCUCCCUCCAUGGCUGGUCCAUAGGCAUGUACACUUCACAUUGCACCUGUAAACCCCUUCAGCCAUUACCUCCCCAGGAUCUUGGGCAGGUGAGGGAUAGCUGGAUGGAUAAAACAGUGGCGUGCCCUGGUCUUCCAUUGCAAUGACUGUCUGGUACACUGCAAUAUGGGACAUAUGGAGAAAGAGUGGGAAAAUCACCAUUUUUAACUUUUGUAAACCGCCCAGAGAGCUUCGGCUAUGAGGCAGUAUAUAAAUGUAAUAAAUAAAGGAAGAAUGGAGACAUUUACUGAUCUCCUUUAAAUGACAGAACUCCGUCCAUGGAAGUGAGGCUGGAUCAUGCCUUACCUUUGCAGGUGUAAGGCGUUGUUUAACAGACUGUAGUUAACAGUGCAUCACUAAAUAUACACGUAGGUGAUGCUGUGUUCCUGUGUAAUUUUAAAAGAUGUGAUACUGACUUAAAAUACAAAAAUUAUCCUGAAGCCCAGUGAUCAUGACAGUUACGUCCAUAUUCUAACCUCAAAAUCAUUUUUUCCUGAAAGUCAAGAGCAGAGGAUGGACCUGUACAAGUAGGCUUUAAAGCACCUGCACAGUUACUUGGAUCCUAGCCCAAGUUUGAAAUAUCUCAGCAUUUACACAUCCGCUUUUGGGAUUUGGAAGCACAACUUUUACUGCAUGACACAGAUUUAUGCUCUCAAAUCCCUGAAGCUCCUUUGGAAACUUCCUGCACUGAUGACGGAAUAGCCAUCAUAGAUAGAUACAAACUGUUUGUGAUCCUCCCAAUCAUGUACUAUAGCAAAAUGGGUUCUCUUCUGCUUUUUGUUGCUUUUAUUUGUGAAAUGACUGGCUACUCCUCCAUUGGGUGCCAACUCUAUUAUAUUUAAGAGUAGUGUGUUUUCUGUGUAUUAAUUGUGUGGACAGCAUUGUGGUGGCGAUUCCGCUCAUUUUUAGACAUAGUGCUGUCUCCGAUUAUCAGGUUAGACAUUUGAGAGGUAUGUCCUUUUUCCAUGUAAUAUGCACUGAGAAGCAUUGCCAUCCUUCUACAAAGAGAAAUUUUGAUGAGAAAACAAUAAAAAAAAUUAAAUAUCA